CCUGUGACCUCGCUGGCCGUUCCGCACACACUCGCACACCCGCACACUCCUCUCCCUACACAAAACCCCCCUCCCACCCUUCCCGUCCGCCGCCAUGGACCAGAUCAAGAAGCGCAUGGAGGCUCUCCGCGUCGAGGCCGACGAGAGCGGCGCCAAGGCCGAGGAGUACAAGACCAAGGUCAAGCAGCUCGAGAGCGAGACGACACAGAAGGAGCAGGAGAUCACGUCGCUCUCCCACAAGAACUCUGUCCUCGAGGGCGAGGUUGAGAAGCUCGAAGCGCAAGUCAAGCAGUUCAAGGACGAGGCCGGUGCAGGCGCUCAGGCCGGUAGCCAGGCCGAGAGCCUGCAGCGCAAGAUCCAGGUGCUUGAGGAAGAGGCUGAGGAGUCUGACAGGACCAUUCGCGAGCUCAACGAGAAGCUCCGCCAGACCGACGUCAAGUCGGGCCACUACGAACGCAAAGUCCAGGCUCUCGAGCAGUCGCGGGACCAGUGGGAGUCCAAGUACGAGGAAAUGGCCAAGAAAUACGCCGACACCAAGAAGGAGCUCGAUGACUUUGUCAAGGAGAUCGGUAACAUCUGAUCUCUGCCCGACUCGCGUCUCCCUUGCGAUUGUUGACUUGUUUGCCAGUGGACUACCCCGUCUAGAGCAUCACGUUUCCACUUUUCCACUUUCUCCAGGCCACACCGAGAUGACUGGGCAACCGUGCGCAUCUACGAGCGGUGGAGACGGAUAGGAGCCCGCAUCACAGCCAACCCCUUUUCCCCUAUUGCAUAUAUCGGUCGUCUUCUGUAGCGUCGAUGGCGGGCUUUGUACACUGUUGAUGUGUCCUCAUGGAGCAACACUGC